AUGUUUAUUGUUUUAGAACUUGGUGGGGUGCAUUUGGGUUCGUAUUUUUAUAAUACGAUUAAAGAUAGAGGAGGUGUAAUAAAGAAAAGAACACAUGAAGACCUCCUUAUCAAAAUAAUUAGAGGAGCUGCUCAAGCACUCGAACAAUUCCAUAAAUUUGAUGCAAUUCAUGGAGAUAUUAAAUACGAAAAUUUUAUUGUUUCAUUAAAUCAGGGUCGAGAUGAAAAUGUGGUUUAUAGUAAAUUGAUAGAUUUCAACACGGCUGUAGUAAAGGAUAUGAAACCUAUAAAAAAUAUGGAAUAUAUUGCUGAAAUAACCAAAGCUCCUGAGAUAAAAGGCACAAAUGAGGUAUUUUAUUCAUGA